UAGCUUUAUUAUCUGAUGAAUUUUCAGGAAUAUGAUGUUGAAGAUUUGAUUAUACCACUUCAGCCAUCACUGAACUACACUGCACCAGAGCUGGUUCGAAGUAAGACAUCUUCGGUUGGGUGCUCCUCUGAUAUAUUCAGUUUUGGGUGCCUUGCGUACCACUUGAUUGCUCGGAAGCCUUUGUUGGACUGCCACAACAAUGUGAAAAUGUACAUGAAUAAUUUGAAUUACUUAUCCAGCGAAGCUUUCUCGUCUAUUCCACAAGAACUAGUUCCGGACUUGCAGAACAUGCUUUCUGCAACUGAGGCUCUGAGACCAACUGCCAUGGGUUUUACAAGUUCAUCUUUUUUCCGCGACGACACUAGGUUGCGUGCUCUUCGCUUCCUGGAUCACAUGCUUGAAAGAGAUAACAUGCAGAAGUCUGAGUUUUUAAAGGCAUUGUCUGACAUGUGGAAAGAUUUUGACUCCCGUGUACUGCGUUAUAAGGUUCUUCCUCCGCUAUGUGCUGAGCUCCGGAAUGUGGUAAUGCAACCCAUGAUUCUUCCCAUGGUUCUGACUAUUGCAGAAUCUCAGGAUAAAAGUGAUUUUGAGAUGUCAACCCUGCCAGCUCUUGUUCCUGUCCUAAGCAGCGCAGCAGGUGAAACAUUAUUGCUACUAGUUAAGCAUGCAGAUCUUAUUAUCAACAAGGCUAGUCAGGACCACUUAAUCUCACAUGUCCUGCCCAUGCUUGUGCGAGCUUAUGAUGAUACUGAUCCACGUUUGCAAGAGGAAGUCCUGAAAAAGACUCUACCACUGGCUAAGCAACUUGACGUUCAGUUAGUAAAACAGGCAAUCAUGCCUCGUGUUCAUGGUUUGGCACUGAAAACAACUGUUGCUGCGGUGAGGGUCAAUGCAUUGUUAUGUUUGGGGGAUAUGGUUCACACGCUAGACAAGCCUGCUGUUCUAGAGAUCUUACAGACGAUCCAACGUUGUACUGCAGUUGAUCGUUCUGCACCAACUCUUAUGUGUACCCUUGGGGUAGCCAACUCUAUCUUGAAGAAGAAUGGGAUAGAAUUUGUGGCAGAGCAUGUCCUUCCACUUCUCAUGCCGCUUCUCAUUGCUCAACAAUUAAAUGUUCAGCAGUUUGCAAAAUAUAUGGCUUUUGUGAAGGAUAUUCUCAGGAAAAUUGAAGAGAAACGAGGAGUGACAGUGAGUGACUCUGGAAAUCUAGCAGUAAAUAUAAAAUCAUCUCCAACAGUUGACAGUCAGAUGCCCAGACAAGUGAAUAAAACAAGUGCGAAUUCUCAGCCUAUUACAAAACGCAGCCCAUCAUGGGACGAAGACUGGGUUCCUGCAAGGGGACCUUCAACCACCAUCCAGUCUUCUACAAUAUUGCCUGCUCAGUCUACUACUGCAGAUCAGUCGAUCCAAGUUAAUGCUGGACAUUCACAAUCGUCCAUGACAUCUGCUCUAUCUAACCAGCAACUUUCAUCUUCAUGUCCUGCAGUUGAUGUGGAAUGGCCUCCGAAAUCUUCAUCACUUGGUACUACCAUCCUUGGGAAUUCUGAGAAACAACCAGAAAAUAAGGGGGCAUUGGUUUCAACUCUCGAUGAUAUUGAUCCUUUUGCUAACUGGCCUCCCCGGCCAAGUGGCUCCUCGGUUGCUUCUCACUCUUUGAACAAUGGAUCAGUGGCCCCAUUCGCAAACAGACCCGUGUCUGCCAAUAGUGCAACUCUUCUGAAUGGUUUAAACUCCCAAACGAAUGGCCUUGAUUCUUGGGCUUUCAGCACCCCAAUUUCUUCUCGGCCCUUGAAACAGAAUCAAGGAACUGCAUCGCACACUGAUAGUCUCACUAGUGGGGGUUUUAACCCACAGAAUUCUCUUGGAUUUAUGAAACAAAGUCAAGGGCCAUCAGCUAUGAAUGCUUCUAGUGGUCGAGCCAACGAUAUUGGAUCAAUUUUUUCCUCGAACAAGGGUGAGCAGACUGCACCAAGGCUUGCUCCACCUCCAUCAACUGCUGUUGGUAGAGGAAGGGGAAGAGGAAGGGGAAAUCAAGGGCAACUGAGGUCCUCAACAUCAGGGUCUAGUAAUGCAAAGUCUCAGCCAGAGCAGCCCCCUCUAAUGGAUUUGCUCUAGAUGCUAGCAUGUAGUCCCUUUGUGAAACGAGUUCGGACGAUCUGAUUCAGAUCAAUCUGGGGAGCUGUUCAUCCCACGUGAUUAAAGAUUUUUGCCAGCAACGCCAUGGAGAAACCUGUUCAUAUUAUGCUGCAUGGCAGUAUUUGCCUGGGUGGACGAAGAUUGUUGUAGAGUGACUCUUUUUGUAGAAUAGCUUGGCUGAGUUUUUGUUUUCCUUGUUUGGGCAUUUUUAUUCUUAAAAAAUAUUCAUAUAAUUUGUUGAACAAGGGUUGCCUCGUGUUAAUUGUAUUUGUAAAAGCAAUUGGCUCUCAACGAUGGGUAUACGAAAUAAUGAAAGAGAUGGCGGAGUUCAGUCUUUUUCUAGAAUUUGA